GGAUUACCCAUAGUGCCUUGCGUCUACGCUCCUGUACAGGUACGCGUUUACGACGCCAGGUGGCGUAACCUUCCCAUUUAGCGAGAUUUGACCCGGACCUUUAGAGCUGUAACACAAGCAGCUUAAAAGAGAUCAGACUUCAGUCUGCACGUGUUUCGAUCAGCUGACCUGCAGCUCCGCCGUGUCACGUGACAUCCGUUCCCACCGCCCGUGGUCCACGGACUCAGCUGAAGUAACGUGACCCUCUAUAGCAGGUACACCGGACGAGUACUGCAGUACUACUGAGCGGUACACGUAGUAGUACUGUGGUCGGUUCGGUGCCUCCAGCAGCCGGAUGGAAACACGGACAGAAAACGUCGGAAUAAAGCGACUCGCUGGUGUGUUUUCAGGAAGAACAGCGACGUGGCGACGACACAACCCGCCUGAGAGCGUUUAGUGCCCGCCGGAGGGACACCUGGACCCCCCCUCGCGGUACGUCACAUUACGUCACAGCCGCUGACACCUGGAGAGCUUGUUUCUGUGCGCGCGUCGCUUAGACACACAGGUGAGUAAAGCUCGUCCUGCUGGACCAGGGGUCAAAGUCAGCUGCUGCACCUCCAUAAGAUAAGACCGGUUCCUCUGUUAAAGGAUAUUCACACCUGUAAACACGUCCAGGGGGUCUGCAGACUCAGCGGUCCUGGUCCCGCAUGUCUAACAGGAGCGCUUGAUUCGUUCUGCCGGACCUCUGAAGCCGGGUGGCCGGCGUUUGUCCCGUUCCGUCUGCUGAGAGACAAACAUGCCGUCCAACAAGUCGGUGUCCGAUGCUCCGAUCACUCAGUUCGUCAACUGCAGGAUACUGAGAGGGAGCCGGCUGCAGAGGGAGGACCUGUGGGUGCGUUCUGGGAGCAUCUUGGACCCAGAGAAGCUUUUCUUCGAUGAACAAGGAUACGCUGACGACCGAGUGGACUGUGAAGGCAGCAUCAUGGCGCCCGGGUUCAUAGACGUGCAGAUCAACGGAGGCUACGGAGUGGACUUCUCCGAGGCCUCAGAGGACGUCAGCGCAGGAGUGUCCUUGGUGUCCAAGAAGAUCCUCCAGCACGGCGUGACGUCCUUCUGUCCCACGCUGGUCACGUCUCCUGCUGCCGUCUAUCACAAGGUUCUGCCACAGGUCAAAGUUCAUGAUGGAGGAGCACAUGGAGCCGGAGUUCUUGGGCUCCACCUGGAGGGCCCGUUCAUCAGCGCGGAGAAGAAAGGAGCCCACCCCGAGCGCUUCUUGAGGACCUUCCAGGCCGGAGGGAUAGACGACCUGAUGGCGGCCUACGGCAGCCUGGACAACGUUGCCAUGGUGACGCUGGCUCCGGAGCUGGCCGGCAGCCAAUCGGUGGUGAGGGAGCUCUGCCGGAGGGGCGUCACCGUGUCUCUGGGUCACUCUGUGGCCAACCUGUCUCAGGCCGAGGAGGCGGUCGAUCAGGGAGCCUCCUUCAUCACUCACCUGUUCAACGCCAUGCUGCCCUUCCACCACCGUGACCCGGGCAUUGUGGGUCUCCUGACCAGUGACCGCGUGCCCUCGGGCAGGACGGUGUUCUACGGGAUGAUAGCGGACGGGAUCCACACCAACCCGGCCGCGCUGCGCAUCGCCCACCGAGCGCACCCCGAAGGUCUGGUGCUGGUGACGGACGCCAUCAUGGCGAUGGGUCUCCCCCCCGGGCGUCGCACUCUGGGCCAGCAGGUCAUCGAGAUCCAGGGUCUGCACGCCUAUGUGGCAGGCACGAAGACGCUCAGCGGCAGCAUCGCUACGAUGGACACGUGUGUGCGACACUUCAAACACGCGACGGGCUGCAGCGUAGAAGAAGCUCUGGAAGCAGCUUCGCUGCAUCCGGCUCAGCUUCUGAGGCUCCACCACAAGGGAAACCUGGACUACGGCUCGGAUGCAGACCUCGUCCUGCUCGACGACGACCUCAACCUCAAAGCCACCUUCAUUUCUGGAGAAGAGGUGUGGAAGAAAGCACCAUAGAAGAAGAGGAAGAGGCCUGCAGAUGGAAACAGCUGGGAGCCGCGGUGCCUUCAGGGGACGCUGUAAAACACUCAACCACCGAUGUAUUGAUUGUUUGAUUUUUGUUGUUUGGUAGUCGAUGACGAAUGAAUCCACCUUCCUUCCUUCUUCAGCGUUUCAGUUGUUCUUCAUGAUUAUGCUGCUUUUACGGGAAGGACGCCUGAUGCAUAACGACAGAUGUAUGCAGAUGUUCGGUCUGUAUCAUAUUCAGAACAUGUGGGCGGAUUCCACAUCUGGGAAACAAACGUCUGAACGUCUGAAAGUUCUGUUUCAUCCAUGAUGGUUUUAACCUCGCGGACCGCUGACGAUUCGUUUGACUCACUUUCGCUUCACGAUCUUUUAUCUGAUGUGAGACGAGUUUCUGACUGAUUAAGUGUAAUUAAUUGCAUUUUAUACAGAGAAACCUUUUGGUAUUAAACAACAUCAACUUUCA